AACCAGUCAAACACACACCGGCCUCGCAGUCGCAGCCUCGCUCCGGAGGCGGAGCGCCGGAGCCCCGCCCACCUCCCCUAAACGGCCAGGGCCUGACCACCCCCACCUCAGUCCCUCUCCUGUGGGCGGCGUCCUCCCGCGCCCAUGGGGAUCUCGCACCUCCAGCCCGUCCUCCUCCUCCUCAUGCUCCGGGCUCUCGCGUCGCUUCCCACGCAGGCCGCCGCGAGAGGCGGCCACGAUCCGUCAGAUGAUGGAGCCCACGGGCCAUUUUCACGUAAACUUCUUGAAGAUAAGCCUCAGAUCACAGAAGAAAUGGUCCGUGGAUAUAUGAGCAACACUGAGCUUGAGACUGCUGUACAUGCCUUUGGAAGUCGUUGUUCCAAUAUCUCCAGGGUGUACAGGGAUAACACAAACCUGCUAUCAGCAUUGGAAAGAGUGUGAAUCAUUUUCCAUUGUGGGUGAUUGAAAUAUCAGACAAGCCCAGGCAAAGGGAAUCUGAACCAGCAUUCAAGUUCAUUGGAAAUGUUCAUGGUGAUGAGCCUGUUGGAAGAGAGGUUCUUAUGCAUCUUGCAAAUUGGCUGUGUGAUAACUAUCUGAAAGAUUCACUGGCAACUCUCAUUGUUGAGAACAUGCACCUUCAUAUACUUCCGACGAUGAACCCUGAUGGGUUUGCUCUUAGAUGGCGUGGUAAUGCAAACAAUAUUGAUCUCAACAGGGAUUUUCCUGACCAAACAGCCUGAAACUAGAGCCAUUAUGAAUUGGGUAAAGCAAGAACACUUCACGGCUUCUGCUAGCUUGCAUGGGGGGGCUCUUGUUGCCAACUAUCCAUGGGAUGGAACUAGAGACACAAGCAAACACUACUACGGAUGUCCUGACGAUAAGACAUUCCAGCACAUGGCAUCUGUGUAUAGUCGGUCUCACUAUAACAUGUCUUUGAGCAAAGAAUUUGAAGGAGGGAUAACAAAUGGAGCAUUCUGGUACCCAAUAUAUGGUGGUAUGCAGGACUGGAACUAUAUACAUGGAGGCUGCUUUGAGUUAACUCUGGAGAUUAGUGACACAAAGUGGCCAAAAGCAGAUGAGCUUCCUAUCAUCUGGGAACACAAUAGGAUGAGUAUGCUCAAUCUUCUAGCAAGCCUAAUAAAGUCAGGGGUUCAUGGAAGGAUAUUUGCAGCAGAUACGGGCAGGCCUGUACCCGGCUCAGUGAUGAUAAAGGGCAUUGAUUCCAAGGUAAGCGCGAGCAGCACUUUUGGAGAUUACCAUCGAAUUGUUGCGCCUGGUGAGACAUAUGAAGUGGUGGCAUCGAUGCGAGGCUUCCGGCAAAAAUCUACACGCAUCAGGCUGGAGCAGGAAGCCGUCAGCCUGGAUUUCAUCCUGGACCCGGAUGGAGCCGAUGGGCAGACGAAGCUGCUGCCCCGUAGUAACGACCGGGGCUGCCGCUGCGACAACGACAACGCCGCCAAGCCGUUCCAUGUCCACGAAGCUCACCUCUGGUUGUACCUCCUUAUCGUGUCCGUUCUCCUGGCCCUCUACGUAGUCUUCAAGAGGAAAACGGUGCCGAGGCUGCUGGCGUAUAGACACUCAUCGUCACUCAGACGGCCUGUUGCUGUAUAAGAGGAACUAAUUUUGUGGUCUAGGCGGAUAGUUUUGUACUACCUCUGUUCUCGAAUAGUUGUUGUCCGCUAGUUAAUUUUUAUAGCUAGUUCAUUUUUAUACUAAAAUGUGACAAAUAGAAAAGAACGGAGGGAAGGAGCAACUGAAGUUAGUCUUCUCUUUGCCAAAACGGUCGGUUGCUGUAUAAGUUGAAGGAUGGGUAAUGUACCAUGGAAAUGACAUUUUUUUUGAAUCAAUGAAAUACAUGUUGCGUUGA